AUGGCUACGCAAGAAAUAUACGGCGUGGGGUUCGAAUUCGAUCCUCUGAUCCCCAAAAUCUUGCCUCAUCUGAAAGUCUACUCGAUACAAAUCGGCUACAAGCUUUUUCGAAUCAGUGGAGCAUCUUUGUCCUCGGACGCUCCGUCGUAUUUCACCAAUUACUUUCUUACCAAAGGAAACGAGGACAAGACGUUGUUUGUGGACCGCAGUCCCACGGUGUUUGAGUACAUCUACCAGCACUUACAAGGAUAUCAUGUGGAAGUGCCCAACAGUGAAAUCUAUACCCAGCUCUGGCUCGACAGCUAUUACUUUCAAGUCAAACGGCUUCGAAACAUUCUCCGCGAUGAAGGAAUCUUUGUCAAUGUGGGUGGUGAGAACUUCAAGGUACCUCAGCAAUUGCUCAUGGAAACGGGAAACCAUCCAAACUAUUUUUCAGUGAGUCUUGACUCGUUGGGUACCGACCAGUUUCGGCUAGUUGAACGGUUGAAGGUGAUACGACCUCCACCCCAGAAAACCAUCAGUGUGCCACACAGGUCGCCCAGGCUCUUCAGUGACUUGAUGGAGGUUUUGCGUGGAAAUACCACAGUUCUUGGUGACAAAACCCAUCGCAGAUUAUUGAUAAGAGAGUGUCGCUAUUACCGACUCCAGGAACUCGAACAGCGAAUAGUCAACUGUCGAAUAUCUGCCAACAGCCACUUUGAAAACAAACAGGAUAUCCUCAUAGAUAUAGUCGACGUCUCGCCCAAGGGAAUCAUCUACAACAACGACACAGCCGGCAAAGAAUCGCAUGUACAAUACACCCGCCCGUUCAUCAAGAAGGAAAAAAAGAGCAACUUGAUCCUCCAGUUCAAUUCAGACUACUGUGAAGUCACAAGAAAACUAAAUUCUAGUCCCAAAUUGGUGUUGAACAGGAAACUUGGUCUAGCAUUUGUACGACUUAGCGGGAACCAUUGUCUCAAAUUGAUGAAUUCAUUGGACAUUACGGACCUUCCCGUCGACAACACAGAAGAUGGGCCUUCAGUAAUGAUCUUUGCUGGUUUGGCCAACGCAAAUACUACGAUAAAUGGUCUGGAAGUCCUGAAAACUUGGGCCCAAGAUUUGAUAGGAGUGCCUUUACGAACAGACGGAGAGAUUCCGGCACCCGAUUCGAAACGACAGAAGCUUGCUCAUGGAGUCAAUGGCGAUGUGAUAGAACUCUCGUUGGUGAAAUCCAGCUGGCGGGUGUUUCUGACAAAUAAAGUAUUUCGAUUCCACGGCGUGGCUAUCGAGGCAGUUACCGACGAGCUUUCGUUCUACAAGACAAAUUUUGAGUUUUUGUGA